AUGAAGUGGUCGUAUACGAAGACGACUCCACGACAAACGCUUUUGUCUAUUAUUAUUCAUUUUGCAGAUAAAGUUGAAUGUUUACACGAUAAAAAGAAUGGUCUUAUAGGAAGGCGUGGGUGUGUAUUACAAAGACAAAAACAACAACAUCACAAUAUUCACGACACAUCAACAAUCUUUUUUGUGUUAUGUCAAAAGUUGUGCUGUUCGCUAACAACACCUGAAAUUCAUUCUGCGCUUUCUUUCCAACUUAAACUUUAUCCUCAACCAUAG